UUUUGUAAUUAUUUAUAGAUUUCAAAAUACCACAUGUGACAGGAUAUUUCCUUAUUUAGAGCCCAGAGUUUUCUCUUUCAACUAAAUAUCUCCAAAACAGAGAAGAAGCCAGCACCAACUGAUUCUUUAAGGACCUCUACUGCAGCAAUUAAUUUCAUUUCAUCUCAUUUCCUUGUGAAUAAGAAGACAGAAUGAAAAACUUGACCUUUUCUACAGUUUUAGUUUUCCUGUCAUUUGUUCAUACUGCUUUUCAGACACUCGACAAGGAAAUAUUCUUAAUAUUUAAUGAAGAUACUAAGUUCUGUUUAAUUGCUCAGAGUUCUGAGGUAGUCACAACAGCUGCUUGCAAGGAAAACAAUGAUUUACAAAAAUUCAGGUGGGUCUCUGAUCAUCAGUUAAUGAGCAUGGCAUUUGCACAAUGCUUGGGAGUGCCCAACAAGAGAAACCAGGCUAAAAUUUCUCUGUACCCAUGCAACAAGAAAAGUGAGUUCCAGAAAUGGGAAUGCAGAAAUGCAGCCUUGGCAAUCCAAGGGGAAGAUUUAUUUCUCAGUGCUGGCAAAAAAAGAGAAAAUAUUUUGCUGAAAACAGGAUCAGAGGCAAUGGAUAAAUGGAAGAUCUAUGGAACCAUGGAUAAUCUGUGCUCUCAAAGCUACGAAGACGUGUUUACACUGUUAGGAAAUUCCAAUGGAGCUCCGUGUGCCUUCCCCUUCCUGCUGAGUGGAAGAUGGUAUGCUGAGUGCACAGCUGCUGGCAGGUCAGAUGGUUUGUUCUGGUGUGCAACAACGCCCAGCUUCGAUGAGAACCAUUUGUUUGGGUUCUGCCCAGCUGCCAACAUUGACCGAUUUUGGAGCACAGAUCCUUUGACAGGAACCUACUACCAGAUAAACCACCAGUCAGCUCUCACGUGGCACCAAGCAAGGAGGAGCUGUCAGCAGCAGAAUGCUGAAUUAUUAAGUGUCACAGAGAUACAUGAACAAAUAUAUCUAAGAGAUUUGAUUGACAGCAAGAGAUCCUCUCUCUGGAUUGGGCUUAACAGUCUGAAUCUCAACAGUGGCUGGCAGUGGAGUGGUGGCUUUCCCUUCAGAUACUUUAACUGGGCACCAGGAAGCCCUGAGCCUGAGUCUGAAAAACUCUGUGCAGUACUGAACCCCAGAAGAGAUACUAAAUGGGAAAACCAGCCAUGUGAGCUGAAACUUGGCUAUAUCUGUAAAAAGGAAAAAUCUACAAAGGAUCCUUUAAUUCUUCCAUCAGGGGAUCUAGAGUCUGUUAAAUGCCCAGAAGAAUGGUUGCCCUAUGGAGGUCACUGUUUCAUGGUUCAUAGAGACCCCAAGGAAUGGAGAGAGGCUCUAAUUUCCUGCAAUGAGAGCAAUGGUGACCUGGCCAGUAUCCACAGCCCUGAGGAGCAUGGCUUCAUACUGUCUCAACUGGGCUACAGAGCUGUCGAUGAGCUGUGGAUUGGCCUGAAUGACCUCAAAAUUCAAAUGUACUUUGAGUGGAGUGAUGGGACUCCUGUCACAUAUACCAAGUGGUUGCCUGGAGAACCAACACAAGAAGUCACUGGCCAAGAAGAUUGUGUCAUUAUGGCAGGAAAAGAUGGGUACUGGGCAGACAGUGCCUGUGACAGGAAGUUAGGCUACAUCUGCAGAAGAGACCCACUACAAGGAGUUUCUGGAACAGCAAAGACUGAUCCUGCCUGCCCGAAGGGUUGGAAAAGAUAUGGUUUUUACUGCUACCUGGUUGGACAUACCUCUGUAACAUUUUCAGAAGCAAAGAAAACCUGUGAAAGGAGCAGUGGUUAUUUAACAAGUAUAGCAGACAGAUAUGAACAAGCCUACCUGACCAGCCUCAUUGGUCAGAGCUCUGAGAAGUAUUUUUGGAUUGGUCUUUCAGACAUGGAAGAACAAGCGAUUUUCAAGUGGGUGACUGGUGAAGGUGUUCUGUACACAAACUGGAAUGCAGCAAUGCCUGGGAAGGAAGCUGGUUGUGUUGCCCUUAGGACUGGAAAUGCAGCUGGACUAUGGGACGUUCAAAACUGUGAAGUAAAGGCAAAAUUUAUCUGCAAAAAAUUAGCUGAAAAAGUCACUGUUCCUGCUGGUUCUGAAACAGUUUCUGAUUUCAAAUGUCCCUUGGGUUGGGAUACAAGCAACAGCACUAAUUCAUGCUUCAGAGGUUUUUUGAGAGAAGAAGAUCAAAAGAAAACAUGGUUUGAAGCCCGAGAUUUCUGCAGAGAAAUAGGAGGAGACCUGGCUGCCAUUAGAAAUGAAGAAGAGCAAACGGUGAUAGAAAACUUAAUAAGAAAGAAAUCCUCAUCAUUUCAGCCUUUCUGGAUAGGUUUGCAGUGUUUGGAUCCUGAUGGUGGACUUUCCUGGAGUGAUGGUUCUCCGGUGAAUUAUCAAGCAAGCAACUAUUUUUACGAUCCUACUUUUCAAGACUGUGGAGCAAUCAGUGAAAACCCUUCCUUGUUAUGGAUUAAGGAGCACUGUGAAUACAGUCACAACUGGAUUUGUGAAAUAAAGAAAGGGACACCCUUGAAACCAGAACCUCUGGGCCCUUCUACCACAUAUGAAGUCACAGAAGAUGGCUGGAUUAUAAAAGGAGACAAACAAUAUUUUUUCAGCCCAGAAAAGACCUCUAUGGAGAAAGCGAGAACAUUCUGCAAAAACAACCACGGAAAUCUUGUUACUAUUGGAAAUAAUAGUGAAAGAAAAUUUUUGUGGAAAUAUAUCUUAAAAAAUGGCAAACUGAACUCAUAUCUCAUAGGAUUAAUCCAGGAUGCUGAUCGACAGUUCAGUUGGAUGAGUGGAAGCCCAGUGCACUAUGCAGCUUGGGCACAGGGUGAGCCCAACUUUGCACAAGCUCAAGAAAAUUGUGUGGUUUUAAAUAAAAAAGAUGGCUUGUGGAAUGAUGUCAACUGUGGUUUUUCCAAUGGCUAUAUCUGUGAGAGGCACAGAAGUUUUAUAAAUGCAACCCUUCCUUCAGCAGUACCUUCAGCUCCUGGAGGAUGUCCUGCAGAUUGGAUUUUAUUUAAAAAUCAGUGUUACAAAUUUUUUGGCUCUGGCUAUGAUAACUGGAGUACUGGAAGAAGAGUUUGUGUGAGCCUUGGAGGAAAUUUGGCAAGCAUACAUAAUGAACAAGUUCAAGCUUUUCUCACAUACCAUUUGAAGGAUGUUUCAAAUGAUCUUUGGAUUGGCUUGAAUGAUUUGCUCAGUGAACUCAACUUUGUUUGGUCUGAUGGAAGCGCUGUCUUAUAUACAAACUGGGCUAAAGAUUCCCCAAAACUUGUAGAACCUGUUCUGUAUGACAGUCUGCAUCCAGAAGAUGGCCUAAAUCGGCAACAGUUUGACUGUGUUUCUCUGAAGAGAGGUCCUGCUGAUGACACAGGAAAAUGGAAUAAUGAGGAGUGUCAUAAGCACAGAGGGUAUAUAUGCCAGAAGAAUAGUGAUCCUGAACUUUUUAAAUCACCAGCAACAGUGCUGGACUUUGCUUUUGACCCCUCUAGAGGGAUUAGCUAUUCUGUCACCCAUUCCAAAAUGAACUGGGAGGAAGCACACCAAAACUGCAAUAACAAUGCCUCAGAACUUGCCAGCAUUUUAGACCCACAUAGCCAGGCACUGCUGUUCCUACUUGCAGAGGAAUAUGGAGAGCCUCUGUGGAUUGGUCUUAACAGCAACAGGACCAAUGGCAAGUAUCAAUGGAUUGACAGGUGGAGUUUAGUUUACAGCAAGUGGGCCAGUGGAGAACCAAAGCAGACAUUAGCCUGUGUCUACCUAGACACUGAUGGCACCUGGAAGACAGCUUCUUGCGAGGAAAAAUUCUUUUCUGUCUGUAAGAAAUCAGAUGUAAUGGCCCCUACUGAACCCCCACAACUUCCUGGAAAAUGCCCUGAAUCAAGAGGACACAAAUCUUGGAUACCUUUCUCUGGUCACUGCUAUUACUUUGAGGCCUCCAAGAAAAGAAGUUGGUCUCAAGCUCAAGAGGAAUGUGCCCGACUAGGUGCUGAUUUGGUAUCAGUAGGAGACUAUAGUGAAACAAACUUUCUGUCAGAAACCAUUAAGAUACUCCAUGGAAAAUCAUUGAACUUUUGGGUAGGGCUAAAGAAAAGUGACAGAGGACAGUGGAUAUGGACAGAUAAAUCUGCAAUGGAUUUUGUCAACUGGCAAUUGGGAGAACCAUCAAACCAGCGGCUUAAAAACUGUGGAGAACUAUGUGCAUUGUCUGGCUUCUGGAACACCAACCUCUGUUCUUUCAAAAAAGGAUACAUCUGUAAAAAAAUUAAAACUCCUGAAAACAAAGAAAUGUCAACAGAAAAUACAGAAGAGAAAAUGGAGAAAGUACUUUCUGCUGGCAUAAUUUGGCUGUUCGUUCUUCUAGCCCUUUCUAUAGCUGGAGCUGGAAGUAUAAUUUAUUUCUGCUUGAGGAGGAAAAGACAAAAUCUGCCACAUAUUUCAACCAGAAUGAGAGGAUCAGAAUCAACUGUGGAUAUUGAAGUAAAAGACACACAUUCAGACAUGCAGUCUGACCAAAUGCCCAUGUGAUCCAACUAUCAAAAACCAGGCUAUAAAUCAGGGAAAUCUUACCCCAGCUUUGUGUUCUCCUGCCCAGACAAUAGUCUCCUUUCUUCUCAAAUACACAUACAUCUUUUAAAAUUCCUUCCAAAGUGUUACAGAGUAGUUUAGUCUAGGGACUGUAUAUGUGUUUUUCAUAUAAAUGGGCAUGGCUGAAAAGAUGGCUCCAGAGGUGUUAUGGGGAAAGUCUGACAGAUAUUUAUGAUCUGAAAAUUACUUUAUUUAGCUUAGUGUAGAAAUUCUCCCUUUUUAAAAACAGAGGAAAUCAUUACUCAUUAUUUCAAAUUAUUUUUCUCUGUGUGUUAUUUCAGUGGUAUCUAGAUUAUGAUGGGAAUCACAGAGUUAACUAGGCUGGAAAAGACCUUUGAGAUCAUCAAGUCCAACCUAUGAAACACUGCUCACAUCAGGUUUUCAGCUUCAUAGUUUAUGAUACUAUGUUUUUAUUGACGUAAAAACUGUUAUGAUACAUGCAUCUGUGCACUAAGUACUAUUUGUUUACAAAAAAUAGAUAGAAAAUUGUAAAAUAAUUGAAGAGGCUCAUUUAAUUUUACCUCCAGUGUGAAUUUUUUAAUUAUGCCAUUUCCGCAGUCUUGCACUAUUUUAGUAUUCUGCAAAUACCUCUAUUUUUCUGCAGUUCAGAUUAAUAAUAAUGAUGGAACAGGAGAUUACCUGUCCACUGGGUUUUAUUUUAGUAUGCAGAGCUGCCCCUUUCUAAAUCCAAGCAUGUAUAAUAAAUGGCUGUCUUGUAGUGCUUUCUGUAAUUCUUCGGUGCAGAGAUAUAAAAUCACUGAUGUACUUUUUGAAAAUACAUUCCUUCUUUUUUGUUGUGAUUUUGUUUGACAAGGUGCUGCCUAGACCCUUCUCAUCUUUUUUUCCAUUGUAGCAGGGUUUGCCUCAGGGAGCAGUUUAUCAUUCUGCAUAUUUUAAGACAUGCAUCACCCCUCCUGAGAAAUGGAAACACUUUUGCCCAAGCCACAGGAGGACAUGUGGCACUAACAGAGCUCAGUGAAGGCCAAGGAGGAGCAGGACUAGAGCAGAGGGGCUUCUACCAAAUGUAUGUGUUGGGUUCCUUCUUUUGCACUUUUAUCAGAACUUCUCACUCACUCCACAGUGAGUCUGACUGACUUACAGUCUGACUGACAAAAAGGUGUGGCCACACUAAAAAUCUCUGCAAGGCAAGAAAAUACCUGGAAUAAGUGGAACAGGUUUCUGCACUAGGACUUCUGUGUCUAUGCCUCAGCAGCUUGAGAGCAUGCUUGAAUUACCUCUAUUAUUUACUUUUAUUCUAGAUAUCCAUCAACCAAUAAAGGCUUCUAAUUAAAAAAUGUUAUUGAUAGUUACUUCUAAUGGAAGUACCCCCUCCCUCUAGGAAAACUUAUUUCAGGUAUUUUAACAAGGGAUAUCUUGAAACAAGGGUCACCUCUGGUAAUAUUUCCUUCUGAGAGUUCAAUUUUCCCCAGCACUCCUUUGCUGGAUGGACACACAUUAUUCCACACAUUAUUCCACACGCUUGGUUAAGCUGGUAAAGAACUCUCACCAAUCACAGAAGCAGAAAGAUAUCUGAAGAAUGUGUUGCUUUCCUUUUCUUACUUAACCAAGUAAUGUUGUACAUAAAAGUGGUUUUGGUUGUUAAAAACAAACCAAACCAAACCACCAAAAAAACCCAAACACAAAACUCCCAUCCACAGGCUAUUUAAAACAGAAUUAAAAAUUAAGUAAACCAAAAGUCUAUUUUACAAUUUAUGUAAUUUGAAUACUUUGUAAAGCCCAGAGAUAACAGCCUUCAGAUAACAGUUCCUUGUUACUAUAAUAAGUCCUGUAGUACUCGUUGCAAUAAAGAAAGUCAUAGCCAUUUUCAGGAGGAAAUAGGAAAUAGCUGUGAGAGCUUUGCACAAAACUGUGCAAGUGGGAAAAACAACAUCUGCUUCCCACGGAGGUGACCACAGAUAAAAUUGUUUCCUGGUAUGUACUACAGAUAUCUGGGGAUACACAGUGCUGCUUGCCCUUUGGAGGAGUUAGUAAGGCAAGCACUUUUCCUGGUCUAUGUUUGCAAAACUCAGCUGGGCAUAAAUACUGUAUUUAUGCCCAGCUGAGUGAAUCUUAUAAAUUAAAGUUAUCUUUCCCAAAAAAAAAAAGGAAACAUACAAUAGAAAAGACUGGUUUUUUUUAAGGUAUUUUUAAGUUAACUAUAAAAAUUGGGAGUUUGUGACAGAAGUAUUCUGGUGACCAGAUUCAGCACAGCCUGGGACUUUCAGAGAAGAAGCCUGGCUGGUAUCACCACCACACAGGAAGCAUGGAGAGCUCAACAGUCAGGCUGCUCUGCAUACCAGCUCUAUGUGUUAUCUCAUGAAAAUAUUUUGCUCUGUGUAUAUUUUCACGUCCAGCUACUCUAAAGUUGGACUGAACAUCAUGACUGAACAAAAACUGGACAGGAUCACAGGCUAGACAUGAAGUAUGUUGCUGAUCCCCCUGCAAGGUACUGAGAGACCAGAGCCUGAUCCAAAAUGCCUCCCACAGAAAGACAGAGAGCACUGUAGUGAGAACAGCAGUGAAACUGACUACUGAGUGAGCCAAUGCAGCGCUGCUCACACCUGGGGACAGGAGCUGAGUGCCAUAGCCCCGACCAGAUCUGCUCACUGUCAUCAUUAGCUGCUGUUUGCAGUGUGGGACAGCAGUGCCAGAGCAAGGACACAUCACUCAGCCUAUGGUCUCUCAAACAACUGAACAGCCACUGGGGAUCAAUGCAUAUGAGCACAGACUUUUCUGCAUUUGUCAUUUGGACCUGACAGUGGAUAUGAGUAAGACAUUGUCAACGCACCACACACAUUGCUCAGACACAGAAGAGGGUUGGGUUGCACUUGGUUAAACUCCACAAAACAAAAAAGGCCCUUACGCCUUUCCAUGCUUAAUCCCAAAUCCCAGUGUUUCUGCUCAAGUAAGUUGUUUGCGUGUUUCUCUUUUCUUUCCAAAAAGUCCUGUAUACUUAAAAUCACUGUCCUGUCAGUUCAGAGCUUGGAAUAGGAAAAAAAUUUCCUAUUGCUGCUGUUUAAAUUAGAUUCAUAGUGGAGAACACACCUCAGCAC